AUGCCUCACAGACACAGCGUGCCGAGCGGCCCGCGGGCGGAUGGAGCGGGCCGGCGCAGGAAGCCGGCUUCGCAGACCACGGACGGAGGAAGCGGGGUCUGCGGCCGGGGCGGCAGCGGGGAGCAGGGCCUGGAGGUAAGCGGCCCGGCGGAGCGCCAGUGGUCCCGGUGUGGGCAAGACGGGCGGGCUCCCUGCACGCUUGAGCCCGUGCCUGUCGACUCCCACGAGGCUGGGGCUGACGUGCCAGGACCGCGGGACUGA